CUUGAACCGCUCUCGCUUACUAGUGGAAACGGGAGCUCCCGUUGUGUGAGAGACGCAAUCACAACGCCAACUGAUUUCUCUCGGAUUUAAUUUUGUACUUUGAAAGAAGUUUACAAGAAGCGCUCUCAGUUGUUGGAGUUUAUAACAAUCUUCGGGGUAUGACAGUGGAGCGGAAUCUUCCAACAAAGUAAAAGGUGGUAGACGUGAGCGUCUGAUGGCUGCUGGGGAUGGAGCCCAGCUGCCUGCCACAGUAGCGGCCAGCCGCAGCGUGGAGAAGGCGCUCGAGGAGGCUGCCGCGAGCGGGGCUCUGAACUUGUCGAACCGAAAGCUGAAGGAGUUUCCCCGGAGCGCCAGGAACUACGACUUGUCCGACAUUACGCAUGCAGAUCUGUCGAAGAACCGGCUGUGUGAGCUGCCGGAGGAGCUUUGUCAGUUCAUCUCUCUGGAGACGCUGAGCCUUUACCACAAUGGGAUGCGUUCACUGUCCUCCAGCCUGGGCAACCUCCAGGCCCUCACCUACCUCAACCUCAGUCGUAAUCUUCUGUCCAGUUUACCCUCGUCUGUGUUCCAGCUUCCCCUCCUGAGAGUGCUCAUAGUCAGCAACAACAAGCUGUGUUCACUGCCCGCCUCCAUAUACUCACUCACACACCUCCGACAGCUGGAUGUUAGCUGUAACGAGCUGCAGUGUUUGCCAGCAGAGCUCGGCCAGCUAGAGUGUCUGAGGGACUUGAACCUGAGGAGGAACCAGCUCACCACUUUGCCUGAAGAAAUAUCCGAGCUCCCCCUUGUCCGGCUCGAUGUGUCCUGCAACCGCAUUUCCCACGUGCCCUUGUGCUACCGCCACCUCCGGCACCUCCAGAGCAUCUUGCUGGACAACAACCCGCUGCAAAUGCCGCCUGCGCAGAUCUGCUCCAAGGGCAAAUACCACAUCUUCAAGUACCUCAACAUGGAGGCCUGCAAGAGGAGCCAGGAGGAGCUGGAGAGGCACCUGAGGCCCACUGGCUUCAACAGCUGUCUGUCAGACCAGGAGCUGUUCACAGGUCAGUUCGGAGGGCUGGAUUCUGGCUUCAACAGUGUCGACAGCGGCAGCAAGCGCUGGUCUGGGAAUGAGUCAGCAGAUGACUUCUCAGAGCGUUCCCUUCGCAUGGCUGAGGUCAGCAGAGACCAGAGGAACCUGGAGGAGGAGGAGGAAGAAGAAGAGGAGGAGGAGAGUGGAUCUCCUCUGGAAGCUAACAAAGUGAAUGGGGAUGCUGGGCAUGUGGACUUCAUUGACAGCAGUAUGACAGAAGAAGAGGAGGCGAUCAGGAGGAAUCCAGCACCUCCUCUGGAGCAGAAGGAGAGCUCUUCAUCGUCCCACACCCAGGACACAACAUGCAAACGGUCCAGCCUCCGUGUGGAGGUGGGCCCCCCGUCAUCGGCCUCCUCCUCUCCCCUGUCCCCCUCCAGCCCCACCCUGGAGGAGCGGAGGAGGCCGGGCACCCUCCUCAUCUGGCAGGAGAGAGAGCGUCAGCAGCAGCAGAGAGAGAAGGCCAGUUUGCUGAAGUCCUCCACCAAAGCAGGAAGUCAUGUGGCCACCACACCACAGACAGGAAGUAGCUCAGCUGGUGCCUCUCCAGAGAACAGCAGCUCCCACUCAGGCCUCCGGCAGCGCUGUGCAAGUGCUGAUCAGAUGAGCUCAGUGUCUCCUUAUGCACUUCUGCAACGCUCCAACAGCAGAACAGACGUGCCCUCCUCCCCGAAGACGUCCCCUCCACCCGGUCAGGCCCAGAGACCCAACAGUUUCCUGUUCCGCACCUCCUCCCGCAGCAACGUCAAGCCCACGGGGUCAGCCUUUACUCUCGUUGAGUCUGGCAGAAGUGAGUCUCGCACAAUGCUGCGUUCUCCUAAAGAAGAGAGACCGGAUAUCACGCAACUACGCAAGACUCUGGAGUCGCGGCUGAAGAUCACUCUACCGGAGGACCUGGGCGAGGCCUUAUCCAACGGCACCGUCCUCUGUCAGCUGGUCAAUCAGAUCCGACCCCGCUCCGUGUCGAUCAUCCACAUUCCCUCCCCAGCAGUACCAAAACUCAGCUCAGCAAAGUGUCGACUCAACGUGGAAAACUUCAUUGCUGCUUGUCGCAAGCUGGGCGUCACUGAGACGGGCAUGUGUGCGUGCUCUGAUGUGCUUCUGUGUAAGCUGCCCGCUGUGCUGCGCUGUGUGACGGCGCUGCUGGCCACCAGGGGGGGGGAGCCGGGAGAGGACCGAUCCCCCCGCCACUCCUCACCUUCGUGGUCGUCCUCCUCGCUGCUGUCCACAGACUUCCUGCUCUUCUACUGUGCAGCCAUGGCCCUGCUCUACGUCCUCUACUGCUACCUGCUACUCUAGAGGAGCAGCGCAGUCCUUUAACAGUCACAUGACCGACGAACUGCUCUACACGCUCACUGAACUCUCACACACACACAGCUGCUCCCACAGAGUGUGUGUUGACACUCCACAGCUGCACUGGUUGGAUGUCUGAGCCAUAUAGAGCAUGCAGCCGAGCACCUUUUAACAAACAAAGAAUACACUACAGCACGUUUAGAGCAAUAGAAAGCACUACACUGAUACUGAUAAAUACUACAUGAGAGCAGAUGAACAGGGACUUACCCUUAGCCUUCACCUGUAACGCACGUUUGGAGGAGAUGGGAGCUUUACUGUCUGAGGCAGAGCUGCUCUCAUUGGUUGAGACAUGACUGGGCGGAGCAAAGGACCCCAAUCCAAAUGACAUACUAUACGUCGCGCUCGUUUCUCAUUUAUUAAUGUGCACUCGUGGACAAACGGCAGCAACGUAAGCUGCAGAGUUCUUGUAUUGGUGUGCAGACUUUGUGUCUACAUGGAGCCACUAGAGAGCAGAUUAGAUCCCAAUCUUUGCUGGCAAACACCUGAAUAUCUUCCUUGAGAAUGUCUAGUUGUAAAGAUGACUAAACAUGGUGACACUUGAUGGGGUUCAUGUAUUGUUAACAUUGAGACUAACCGCAGAACAAGCUACGUCUGUUGUUGUUUGUGUAGAGUCAGCUGCUGGCCUUAACAUCAGAUACUGUGCACUGCUCAUGGAAACAUCCCCAUAAAGGAGGUCUAACGGGGCAGUCAGGUGAUCAGAGGUUAGUCAAGACUGUAUGGAAGAGAAAAGGCGACAAACACCAGAAAGAUCACCCGAACUGUCCGUAAACAUCCUUCACAGUUUACAGACCACCUUCCCUGACAUUAGUACACAAGUUAUGCUUUUUAGUUUAUGGAAUUGGUAAAAAUGAUCAAUUCCAGGAGGUCAGCAGACUAGUUAAGCAGCUUACCUGAGUUCUUAGUAGAUAUCUGAGAAAAGGUGGUUGAGUGGAUUGAUUCUUUGUCAGCCAGAGAGACUGCGACAGCAGCUCUACCUCUGAGACGUGUUAAACUCCACGCUGUGUGUUUGGAGGCAGACCACUGAAGGAGAGCGAAGCCCAGACUGAACUGUGAAUGUCAUUUUUAGCCUUGAGACAAUGUAAGUUAGCUAUCAGUGAGACAGAUGACACAGUGCCUCUUACUGACCGCUGACUUAGACCUCUUGCAGAGACUGCUCCUAUUUUUAUAUGUCUGCUAUGCUAACUGUGAGAAGUGGGGGGGGGGGGUGAUGUCACUGCAUCAAUCUCCCUCCACACCUCAUGUGUCCAAACGGUACAGCGCCACCCAGGAUGUGUGUGUAAAGUCUUUCUUGUCGUCGUCGCUGGUCCGUUUGACCAGCUGACUUCAUGUUUGUAUAAAUGUUACAGGCUAUUAAAUUAUUGCUUUUUUAAUUUAUUUGAUCUGUUCUGUUUUUGGUUAUCGUUUCAGAGGUGAAGCAGCAGAGGCGUCACUAAUUUGGUUAGCUUUGUGAAAUCGGUGUAUGUGCUUUAAAUCACACACACGGGCAAAUCAGAUCAAUAUCCAAUCAUUCAGAGUUAAAAUAACACUGAUUGUUUAAAAGGUUUCCCUUCAUUCCAUUGGUAAGUCAUUGACUCCCUGGAGGCUCCACACUGAGCAGAGCAUCAGAGCCUCUGCUGCUUCUACCACACGCUGCAUCAGAAGGUCGAUGUCUGCUACUAAACACACGUUGGAAUCUGAUUAGGAUGCUUAUUGGACUAAUAUGGGCUUUAAAAGCUUUCAGCAAUAGAGAGCAAAGCCCUUAACAUUCAGAUCUUUUACUGUUUUUACUCUUCUCAAGGCCUCAAUUAAAACCAGAAUGGGACACGAGGACUUUCUACUAAACUCUAAUCUAGUAAAAGUGGGGGACCAGCAUGAUUUAUUCAUAUCAGCUACAAGAUGUUACGGACAAUUAAAUCAAGAAAUAACCUACAAUUGCAUUUUUAUUGGCUUUUCCCUUGUAGCUGUGGAGAAAUACAUCAACAGUACAGAUAUUUCCCUCAUAUCAGUAAACUAUAUGUUGGGGCUCCAUAUUUGAAGAGAAACGGAGUUAGACCAAGUGUUCAAUAUUGAAUAAAUAAUUACGAAAUCACAUGAAUAAACUGUGUAGAAUAUAUUAGUCAUACGAGAACUUUUAUUUCAUGAUACUUUUAUACUGUCACUUCUCAUAGCAGUCUCAUGCAUCAACAGAUGCUGUCAGCUUUAGCCCGUUAGCUCCUGUUAGCUAGAGCGACAACGUGUUGCUGAUGAACAGACCCAGUAGCCCUCCUGUUGAGCUUACCACAGCUAACUUGUGACUCGGGCUGUGAGCUACGAGUUAGCUAGCUCCUGUUGGGUUUGAGCGAGCACAGAGAAACAUCGAGUAUGUUUCACUCUGAAUUAGCCCGUUAGCUCCUGCUAUUGACAGAACUGUUCACUCUGAUGCCAGCUGUCUCAGUAGAGGGCUACUUAAGUAGCAUGUGCAGCCUUGUUAAGCUUAAACAGGGCUAGUUAUUGUACUGUAACUGUACUGUGUUUAUUUAAAGACACUAAAUCUACUCUAGUUUAUGAAUGAAUCGUUGCUCUAGCUAACAGAGACUAACAGGCAUCAUCGUUGAGCUUGAAAACAUGCCACAUGAUAAACAGACUUUUGAAAUAAAUGUUUACGUUGUAAUAAAAACUCAAGCAAAAUGGACAUAAGAAAAUGAUGAAAUAACAUUUCAUCAUUGAAUAGUAGUUUUAAAACAAACAUGUUGGGGCCCCACACUUCUAAAAGCCAUUGUGUUGAACAUGCAGACUAGUUUUCUAACUUGGUUUAAGGUGUACAGCACACUGUGCCCUUAAUGUCCAUCUCUGCUGUAGUCUGGAGGGCUGUAAAGUUUCCUGUCCCGUGUCUCAAGUUUUUUUUUUAUUAGCCUGCUGUUAAAAUGAAAUGUUACACCAUUCAAUUCAAAAUGUAUAUUUUAUAAAUGAAACUGGAUAAACAGUAAUUCAUUCACUGGCUAGACAAAGCUAUAUUCUGUAGUAUGUUAGCGGAACAGAAAUAGUUGUAUUUUAUAUUUAUAUGACACCCUUGUAUUAUUGAGAAUCAUUUCUUUGAGUUUAUAUAAAUCUAUAUGUAAAGUUUUUGUUCAUCCCGCUGUAAAGACUUUAUUAAAAACCAACUUUGACCCUGU